AGGUAACAGCCAAUUCUGGGCCGAACAGGCCCUGGAACCAAGUCCUUGGGUGCCAUCUCGAUCUCUGUGGAUCCCUCCCGGGUCCUGCUAGUUCCCAGGGUGACAGUAGUAAUGUCAGUCAGGUUUUAAGAAUAAUAAUUGUCCAUCCGUUGGAGACCUGUGCAGCCAUGAAAAGCGACAAGUGUUCAGUGUGAACUAAUGGGAGGACUUGCAAGGUACCUUAGGUGGAAAAGUAGGGGUCAGAAAGAACAGUUUGAGCGCUGCUCCCGUUCGUAUAAGGUCGCCUGUGUAUAUGGAUGUGGCUAGGAGUAUCUGCCAUGUGCCUACCCCCUAACUGCUGAGAUGCACAAGCUGUUAACUGUCUGGGUUGCAGGAGAACUGGGGUCCUGAGUACCUGGCACGCACUGAGACUGGGACGUACUUGCUACCCAGUGCACAAGGUGAUUAUCCAAACUAAAAUGAGAAGCCGACUAUUGAGCCAGUGCCUCUUUCAGCUCUCCUGCUGGAAGGUCUUUUUUCCCCUUUUGAUUGAGGACAAAACCUUGGAGAGGUUGAGGAAUUUAGCAGAAUCACAGCCAGAAAGUGGAGAAGCUGGACUUUGAUUGCUAGAGGGGUUUACACAAAUGCCCAACCUACCGUGACCAACUCCCUGCUACUAAGGAGCUGUUUUGUUGUCAGUCACACAGUGGGCACCCAGUAACUGUUUAGUGAUGGAACAAGUGGGACAGAUUGAGAGACAACCUGGGGGAUGGCGUGGAAAGAAGCAGACAGUGAUAGGGAGAGCUCAGGAUGAAGUUCAAGGCUGGCUGCCGGUUUCUAGCCUUGAGAAGGAUGUGGAUGGGGCACCUCCUCCCUGGUCCUCCAUAUCCCAGCCUGUAACAGAAGCAACCACAUUAUCUGGAUGUCGUGGCGUACACCUGUAAUUCUGGGAGUCUGAGCUGGAACUUUGUCAAGCAGCCUUGGAGGUCGGUUGGGCUUCGCCACCUAAUAGUGAAGAUCUUUUUUGGUGGCAUUAAAGAAGAUACUGAAGGUCCGAGGAUUUAGCUCAGUGGUGCCACUGCCUGCCUUGCAACCACAAGGUCCUGAGUUCCAUCCCUGGUACCAAAAGAAAAAAAACAAAAAACAAAAAAGAAGAAGAUACUGAAAAGCAUCACCUACGAGGUUAUAUUGAACAGCAGGGAAAAACUGAAGUGAUUGAAAUCAUGACUGACCAAGGCAGUGGAAAGAAGAGGGGCUUUGCUUUUGUAACCUUUGAGGACCAUGAUUCUGUGGACAAGAUCGUCAUUCAGAAAUACCAUGCUGGGAACAGGCACAACUGUGAGCUCACCAUGGCCAGACUCCUGCAGGCCCGCAGACUGGAGGGGACGGAGCACAACCCCUGGGUGGAGUAUGUCAACCUGGCCAAUGAGUACAAAGAUGCUGUCAACUUGGGCCAGGGCUUCCCGAACUUCCCACCCCCAGACUUUGCCUUAGAAGCCUUUCAGCAGGCCGUCAGCGGGGACCACAUGCUCAACCAGUACACCUCGGCAUUUGGUCACCCACCGCUGACCAAGGUCCUGGCAAGUUUCUUUGGGAAGCUGCUGGGACAGGAGUUGGACCCACUCACAAAUGUGCUGGUGACCGUGGGAGCCUACGGGGCCCUGUUCACAGCUUUCCAGGCGCUGGUGGAUGAAGGAGAUGAGGUCAUCAUCAUUGAACCUUUUUUUGACUGUUAUGAGCCCAUGACCCAUAUGGCUGGAGGUCACCCUGUGUUUGUGUCCCUGAGGCCGAGCCCCAGCCAGGAUCAUCAGGACCUGGAUUCUUGCAGCAACUGGCAGCUGGAUGCCACGGAACUGGCCAGCAAGUUCACGCCUCGAACCAAAGCUCUGGUCCUCAAUACACCCAACAACCCCCUUGGGAAGGUGUUCUGCAAGGCAGAACUGGAGCUGGUGGCCAGCCUGUGCCAGCAGCAUGACGUGCUAUGCAUCAGUGACGAGGUCUACCAGUGGCUCAUCUAUGACACACACCAGCACGUCAGCAUAGCCAGCCUCCCUGGCAUGUGGGAACGGACCCUGACCAUCGGCAGUGCUGGCAAGACCUUCAGCGUCACCGGCUGGAAGGUGGGCUGGGUCCUGGGUCCCGAUAACAUCAUGAAGCACCUGCGGACUGUGCACCAGAACUCUGUCUACCACUGUCCUACUCAGGCCCAGGUCGCAGUAGCUCAGUGCUUUGAGCGGGAGCAGCUCCUCUUUGGCCAACCCAGCAGCUACUUUGUGCAGCUCCCUCAGGCCAUGCAGCGCUGCAGGAACCACAUGAUUCACAGCCUGCAGUCUGUGGGCUUCAAGCCUGUGGCCUCACAGGGUGGCUACUUCCUCACUGUGGACAUCUCCAACUUCAAGAGCAAGAUGCCUGACCUGCCUGGUGCUGCUCAUGAGCCCUAUGACAGAUGCUUCGUCAAGUGGAUGAUCAAGAACAAGGGCCUGGUGGCCAUUCCAGUCUCCUUCUUCUACAGCGGGCCACAUCAGAAGGACUUUGACCACUACAUCCGCUUCUGUUUUGUGAAGGAGGAAGCCACAUUGCGGGCCAUGGAUGAGAAGCUGCAGAAGUGGAAGGCCAAGCUCAAGUUGUAAGGUCGCUCCUUGCCACACUGGUGCCUCUUUGCCCAGGUUCCAGCCAUUCCCACAUCAGGGAGCUGGUAUUGGGUGACCACUGCUCUGUGAUCUGUACUGUUGCUAGGUACAAGCCUACCUUGGUCUGGGUGUCAUCUGCCCCCUCCCCUGGUGCCAGGAACUCCUGUGUCGGGAGGAGAGGGGUCUGAGAGCUCUCUGCCCCACCCUGGGUCUGUUGUAGGCUCUUGAGUUUCUUCUGGCCUCCCCUGUCUUUGCUGGGGAGAAUUGGCCCCAUAGCAGCCCCUGAAUCCCAGCCCUGUCCCCCACCGUUUUCUAGCUGCAGCUGGCAUUCAGGCAUUGCCUCUACCUUUCCGCAUUUAACCUUGACCUCAGGAAGUUCAAUUCAGUCUUGAGUCUUUUUUGUGUAAUAAAAUUUUAAAUUAUUCAAA